GACCAGCAGAAACCCUAGCUCCCCACCAGAACUCCCUCAUCUCCCCAAACCUCCCCCGCCCUCCUCUACCGGCGGCUUCCUUUCCCUCCACAGCGUGCGAGUGAACGAGAGCGGCGGCGGCGAUGGGGAAAGCGUCGAAGGGAUCGCGGAAGGGGAAGAAGGCGUGGCGCGCCAACAUCAGCACUGAUGACAUCGACGACUUCUUCGAGAAGCAGACGCACGACGCCCACGCCGGCGCCGGCGCCAUCCCCUCGCUCCCCUCUGAUUCCCUUUUCUACGUCGACAAGCCCGCCGCCUCCAAUUCGGCAGCCAGCGCCACCGACACAACAAUCAAAGAUAUUCCUGCCAAAAGGAAGAUCGAGAAGAAGAGAGAGAAGGUUCUUUACCAUGAGAGUUUGUUGAAGCGGAACCCAUUUGUACAGCCAAUCCCAUCUUCUGUGGUGAGCAAGAAGGAUAAGAAGAAGGCAAAGAAGAAGGAAUUGCAGGAGACACAUGGAGAGAAAAGUGUCCCCAUGGAAGAUGAUUCUGCUGAAAAGAACCUUGACAUAUGGGCUGGGGAUGGUAAUGGAGAUACCAAGGCCAAAAAGAGGUCUACUACAUCAGUGAUUCCUGCUGUUGAAGUUGAGGCCCCAGGAUGCUCAUUUAAUCCUCCAUUCGAAGCACAUCAAGAUGCUCUUGCUCAAGCAGUUGCGGAUGAAAGGCACAAAAUGCUCAUGAAAGAGUUGGGGCCCACACCUGUACCACUCAUAGUUCCUGGUGAAGCUAUAACUGAAGAAGAUAAAUUCUUUCUUGAUGCUGAUGAUGGAGAUGAAGAUGUCGCAGACGAUGAUGGAGAUCAGGAUGCUGAUACUUCGGUUGGACAAAGGAAGAACAAAACAAAAAAAGUCACAAGAGUAGAAAUGAACAAAAGAGCUCGUCGUAAGGAGAGGUUAAGAGCAGAGGCAGAAGCAAAGAAAAUGGAAAAUAUUUCAAAAGAAAUAGAUAGCUUGCCAAAUAUAAUUGAUGAGAUAGCUAAAGAGGAUGAGGAAAAGGAAAAGAGGCGCAUACGGCGAACUGUGGUUAAACAGGAGAGGCUUAAAUCAGGCCCACCUCGUCUGGGCAGACACAAAUUUGAACCAGCUCCUGUUCAAGUUCUAUUGACUGAAGAGAUUAGUGGCUCUCUUAGAAAGCUAAAGGGGUGUUGUAAUCUCACGAGGGAUCGCUACAAGAGCAUUGAGAAGCGUGGAAUACUUGCACCAAGCAAGAGAAUAAGGAAGACAUCAUCUUGCUUCCCAACUCUCAGCACCAAGCUUCUCUACAUCAUGAAGGGAUCGCCGUAUGGCUGAAAGUAAGGGCUUGCCCUCUGCUCAUCGGCGACAAGCAUUGAAGGGUCAUCGUCAUCGCCUGAGGCCUCCCACCGGGCAACAUAACCGUCCCAGGAGGAGGUGAUGAGGGUUGGGUAGCACGGAUGCCAGGUGCAGUCUCUGAUGACUGAGCUAUGCCAUGAAAGCCUCUCAACGGUCUUCCCGCUUACCUGCACGAAUAUUAGGUUCAUAGCAAGCACUGAGAAACAUUCUUUGUGCUGAAAGAUCAAAUGCAUUGAUGUAUAUUGGAUCUGCAGCUACAACUGUUUGGGCAGAACUAAGUUUAUCUGUCAUCUGAGAUUUUAGACCACAACAUUCUGUAUUGUUGCCAACCAAGGAGCCCUAAAACAAACAUUUAGUGACUACAUUCUAGUCGUGUGUAGGGUCACAAUUGCAUCAGGGAACUAGAUUCUAAGUCAUGCUCUUACUGUUAGCAUUUGAUACUCGACAGUUAACACAAUGCUGAUGUAA